GUCUGAAAUGUGGCAUAAUUUAUCGGGCGAGUUGCGUCCCCUUUAACGCCGCUUUCAUUGACUUGUGUAUCGGAGCGCUUCGUGUUGCCUACCUCCGCCAGUUCCGUUCUCACCAUAGCAAAACAUCAGACCGCCGCCGGAGGGCGAGACCGGGUGUGUUUGUCUGGCCGUGCGCGGGUGCGCCUCAGGAAAGCACGCUUGGAAACAGCGCGAGGAAAAGGAGUUAAAAUGCAGGAAAAUCGAUUAUCGUCACAUUUUGAUCACUAGACACUUGUUUAUUGCGAUUGGAGGAGGACCGAAUCAUGAAGAAACAUCACAGUCCCGCGAAGGUUCCACUGGAAGUCACUGUGCCAGACAACCAGGCGACUGUACAACAACUCAACAAGCUGCUGUCCAACGGCAGUGGUUUCUACAGUCUGCCAGCACAACAUUUCAAUGAGGUGUUUCCCAGGAUUUACAUUGGCAAUGCGUUUGUGGCCCAGAAUGUGAUGCGUCUACAGCGGUUGGGUGUGACACACAUACUAAAUGUCGCUGAAGGAAACUCUUUCAUGCACGUGAACACCAACACAGAGUUCUAUGCAGGAACUGGGAUUACGUACCAUGGCAUAAAGGCCAAUGACACUGAGCAGUUCAACAUCAGUGCCUUCUUUGAGGAAGCAGGAGACUUCAUAGAUAAAGCUCUGGCACAUGGAAAAGGAAAGGUAUAUGUUCACUGCCGUGAGGGCUACAGCCGUUCACCCACUAUCGUCAUAGCUUACCUCAUGCUGCGUCACAAUAUGGACGUACGAGUUGCCACAGCUACAGUAAGGCACAAGAGGGAGAUUGGCCCCAAUGAUGGAUUCCUGUGUCAGCUAUGCCAACUUAAUGAAAAGCUGGCAAAGGAGGGCAAGUUGAAGACCAAAUGA